AUGAACCCUGCCAACACGAAUAUACAACUACCGUCUAUUAAAUCAUUACUAAGCUCGAUAGAUACACAACCAACGCUCCAAGAUCAAUCUUCCAAUCACAAUAUACAGCAGAAAAAUGAAAGCUCGUUGAGUUUGUUAGCCACAACUAGCAAUAAUUUAAUGAAUAAAAAGUUUAUGGUUCCCAUUAGUACACCUACACCUACAUUGUACGCACACUCUCCGUUGCCGGUACUCAAUCAAAACUAUAAUGGUAUUGCCAAACUUCCUUCUCCCCCAAAUUACAUAACAACACAGGCAGAUAAUAUUACACCAUCUAUAAAUAACGAAAGUAUCAGCCCUGCGCCUCCUAUUAUAAAACAGGAUAUUUCUGUGGAAGCCAAAUCACAAAUUAGAAGAAAGAGUGAAUCAAUGCAUAAGAAAACCAUUGACAGAAGACAGUCCAGGUCCAACUUACCAAAAGAGACGAUACAAGUCCUGAACUCAUGGUUAUUGAACCAUUUAAACAAUCCAUAUCCUACGGCACAAGAGAAGAGAGAAUUGUUGAUUAAGACCGGAUUGACAAAGAUCCAACUUUCCAAUUGGUUUAUCAAUGUGAGAAGAAGAAAAAUAUUUAACGAUUAUUAUAAUUUGGCCAAGAGACAAAAUGAUGGCAGCCCAUCCUUUCAUAACGACUACGUUCAAGACAGUGGCGAAAAUAUGUCUACAGAAGUUCCUUUGACUAGAAGGAAAAAACUUAUCGAUAGAUUAAGAGAGUUGAAGAAAUUGACUAAAGAAGAUGAAUAA